GACGUGGACGGGGACGUGUACGCUUUCUCGUACUCGUGCACGGAGGGCGAGAACCGGGAGCUGUGGUCCUCGGGGCACCACCUGAAGUCCUGCCGCCAGCUUCGCUUCACGGCGGACGGAGAGAAGCUGUACAGCGUGUCCCGAGACAAGGCCGUGCACCAACUGGACGUGGAGCGGGGGCAGCUGGUCACACGGAUCCGAGGGGCCCACGGGGCGCCAAUCAACAGUUUGCUCCUUGUAGACGAGAACAUCGUGGCGACCGGAGACGAUGGAGGCACCUUAAAGGUCUGAACAGGGUCUCGCUCCGUCAUCCAGUUACCAGAAAGAGAUUUAAGAGAUCUUUUUGUGCCAGAUUCAAGUCAGUUACUGCAGACCUCCAAUGGCGAUGGCACCAUGGGCGUCUUCAACAUCAAAAGGCGGCGGUUUGAGCUGCUGUCCGAGUACCAGAGUGGUGAUCUGACCUCAGUGGCGCUGAUGAAACGGGGCAAGAAGGUGGUUUGCGGCUCCAGCGAGGGGACCAUCUACAUCUUCAACUGGAACGGCUUUGGAGCCACCAGUGACCGCUUCGCUCUCAAGGCUGAGUCCAUAGACCAAGUCCUCCCAAUCACUGACAGCAUCAUGUGCACCGCCUCCACAGACGGGUACAUCAGAGCCGUCAACCUUCUUCCCAACCGAGUCAUCGGCUGCAUCGGGCAGCAUGUUGGUGAACCCGUUGAAGAGCUCGCUAAGUCUUGGGACUCACGUUUCCUGGUCAGCUGCGCCCAAGACCAGCUCAUAAAGUUCUGGGAUAUUUCCAGUUUACCCAACACGACUGUCGAUGAGUACCGCAAGAGAAAGAAGAAAAACGGUCGGAUGAAGUCUCUCACCAAGAAGGCCCAUGGUGACAAUGACUUCUUCUCAGGACUUGUAGAGGAAACUGAGAAGAAGGAGGAAGAGGAACAGGAGGAAGAGGAGGAUGACAGUGACAGUGAUUGAAAAUGGUAGUCAUUAAGCCUUUGGGCAGAUUAGUCCUAAAGAAUGGGUGUGUCUGCUGUUUGAGUCGGGCCUUUGCCUUUGGUGGAUUCCAGUAUUGUUAGAAACAAACAACCACUGAGGACUAAACAGGGGUUUUUUUUCUCUUGAAAUGUGCUGGGAUUAUAUGUGAACGUCUCAGAGGAGAAAAUGCUCUUCAAUAUUAAUACUGUACAUCAGUACUGGCUCUUUAGUGGUUGGUUGUGCAUGUUGAAACUCAGUGCUUCCAUGAAGCAGUUUGUCAAAUGUUAAUCUAUUUAGUCUGAAAAUUUAAGGAUGUCUGUUGUCAAUCAUAUUAAAAUAAUUUAUAAGAACUUUAAUAUUAGAUGUUGUGGUAUCAGUACCAGAAGUCGGGUGAUGUGGCGAUGAACCUGAUCGAGAGUAUUGCUAAGAUCCAAAAACAGACUUUGUUGUUACAUUUAUACGCCUGCAGGAUAUACUGUAAAUCUGCUGAAAGUUGUGUUGUAUCAAACUCAUUUCUCUCAAUAAAAGUGUUGUUUAUAUUUAACGAAUUACUCAUUUGAACUCUUAAAAUUUAAAAAGGAAGUAUUAAUUUUGCAUUGACGGAUCUCAGCCAUCCAACUGAUGGUAGUCUAAGGAGCUUGGAAAGAAAAGCGUCUGGACUUGUUUAAGCUACUUGAAGAUGUUUCAUUUCUCAUCCAAGAAGCUUCUUCAGUUCAAAAACAAAAUGGUGGAGAGUCCCAGGAAUUUAAAGGCCAGUGGGGGUCGUGCCUUAAGAGGGUCAUUGACUUAUGAUCAAUAACAACCCCUGUUUCUUUGUAACAUUGCUGUGACAGGGUUGUGUUUGUGUUGUGUAUAAUUUGACACAUUAAACACUUAAAACUACAA